GCAUUGUGUACAUUACAUUUCUCGGGAACUCCCUCGCAUGGUGGCAUGCCUCUCUAUAAUCUCCGCCUCCAAAUUCUGACUUUCUUCUGGCUUCGCAAGAAACAUCAAAGAGAAGAAGACCUCGCUGCGGAAUGCCUCCGCUGUAAUCAUCAGGUUGUGGUGGUGGAAGAAGUUGAAUAGCCAAUGGGGCUCUCGCGUCUGCGGACGACAGGGUGGCUUAUGCACUUUGGUGAGAACAAAAAUGGAAAAAGAUACUGCAACCCGAGGUUUGUAGUUCUGGAAGGGAGGUCACUUUCAAUCUACAAUGAAGACCCCGAGCAGGCACAUGAUGAGAAGCCGCUCUUCCAUGGCAACAUGGGCCCAUACACCCGCUGGGAAGAGCUUGGCAGGCAGGUGGUGGACGGCCACUGCCUGUAUGGCUUGCGGCUCUACAGUGCUGUCAACCAUGCCAUCAACGGACAGCUUGGGGCUGGCUCCGUGGAAGAAGUCUCGAAAUGGCUGAAUGCUCUGGAGCAUGCGCGAGACAUUGCUAUACAGUCGGCUAAAGAUGCGGAGGCUCGUGAAGAGCAGCUGGUCAGAGAAGACGGAAUUGCAGACGACUUCGAAGACGGACCGAGAAAGAGCUUGUCGAGGCUAGCCAGCAUCGGACUAGGCGUGCCAGCAGUUUUCAAGAACCAAGCGAUUAUCGAGGGCCUCCAAGAGGCGGGCUUCGACAUCGGUGACGCCUUUUCUGGCGGGGACUGGCGCCUCCUCAAACUCGAAAACGGUUUGCGAAUCUACCAGGAUGACUCGGAUUUGAAGUCGACGCAUCCGGUGCUGAAGGCCGUAGGUGUGAUCGAAGCGCCCGCUGAGAACAUUUUUCAGUUGGCGAUGAGCUUGGGUAAGAGGACGCACAACUUUGACCCAGUCUUGAGGGACUGGAGCUCUGUCGAGAUCAUCGACGGGCACACGGACGUUGUGCACGCCGUCAUGGAGCCCAAAAUCUUCCCGCCCCUCCUUCAACACGUGACUUCUGCCUCGCGCGGUAUUGGCGAAGAGACCCUGACGGGGCGUACGUCAACUGUAGACUUCUUUGGCUAUAACCCAGCAAUCCUGUACCAUUCCGUAGAAAACGACAAAUGCAAGCCGGGAAAGGACUUCGUCCGCUGCAAAGAAGUCUCCAUCCUCAGUUGGGAGAUCACUCCGCUCCCCCCCCACCCUGUUACAAACGAGCCCCGGUCGCUGUGCGAGCAUCUGGUGGGCAUCGACCUUCUGGGCUGGAAGGCGAGGUUCUACAAGAAGUUCGGAGCGGAGGCGCAAAUGCGCCUACUGACCAGAGUGGCCGGGAUGCGCGAGCAUUUUCUGGCGAACCCCCAGGAGGCGUUCGAGCCGACCGCGGGCGCCACCGUCCAGUCGACCGUCCGCCGCUCGUCCGACCACGUGUCCGCACCGACGACGCCGGACAGCAGCAAAAAGGACCCCUUCUUCCAGAUGGAGGAAGUCUACUACGAUGCGGAGGAGCCGCAGGACUCAAUUGCGGGACACGUCAUCAAGAGGCCCGCAAGCUUCAAAUACGCUGCCUUUGCCGCGAUCGCCCUGCACCGCACCCAAUCCAGCCUGCCGAAAGACGGCCUGCCCCAACUGCGUGGGCCACCCGUCCCGUACGCGCCGUCUCAUUUCACGGGAAGCGUGCCCCGCUUAUCGGGCGCGCGAACCAAGGACUGUUUCAGCGUGCCCUCGGGGGGGCAGUUCAAGGUCCGGGGGAAGACGUAUCGCAAGGAUGGCGUCAAGGUUAAGGGCGGUGAGCCCUUGCUUCAGCUGCUCGCAGUCGACUGGUUCGAGAGCAGCCGCCGCAUGGAUAAUGUCGCGCAGAGCCCGUCUAGCUGCAUGCAGGGUGCCGAGGCGAAGAAGAUGCCUUUCGUGUUUGUGAUCAAUCUCCAGGUUCCCGGCAGCCCUUGCCGCAGCCUGGCCAUGUACUUCGUUUCCGACCGGCACAUUGCCUCGGGGUCGCUUCUGGACAAGUUUGCCAACGGAGACGACAACUUCCGGAACCGCCGCUUCAAAUUGAUACCCAGCAUAGAAACGGGCCCCUUUUUGAUAAAGCGCGCGGUGGGCAGCAAGGCGUGCCUACUGGGGCAGGCCCUGACUUGCACGUGGCAUCGUCAGGACAACUAUCUCGAAAUGGAUGUCGACAUUGGGUCCUCCUCGGUGGCAAGAAACAUCGUCGGGCUCGUGAUUGGAUACGUCACAGGACUCGUAGUCGAUCUCGCGGUACUGAUACAGGGUGAGGACGAGGAGACAGAGCUGCCCGAGUAUAUACUCGGCGCCAUUCGCAUUCAGUACCUCAAAGUGUCGUCAGCCGUACCUUUCAAGCACCUAAAUUAGCUCGAUCCGCAACGAAGAGCGGGUAUGUAUGAUCUUGUGCACCUAGCUGGAUGUUGCACGUGCGAGUUACCGCAGGUUGUCAAAGAGUUGCAAUUGUCUCAAUCGUGAGGGCUUCGCGAUGUUGUCUUACUACAGAUGAGUAGCUUGACCAUAGGUGUAUAUUAAGGAAAGGGAAAGCGUCCGGUUCGAAAGCUUUUAGAAACGAGCGCUCGACGGACGCAGUCAUGUUCUACAGAGUAGGAGGGCUUCCGUUUGCACCGAACCAUGUUUAGAUUCCUCAGCCGUUAGAAGGACUGUCAUACUGGAGCUUGGUCAAGAUCGCUGGGCGCAGGCCUAGGCCUGUCCUAAACACACGCAGCCAAGUGGGCUGCCAAUUGCAUUGCUAACAACACGAAUGAUCCAACAAUUCACGGC